AUGUUGUCGAGGGCGGCCACUCUGCCGCGCGUCUGCCUGUCAUGCCGCCUUGCGUUGGCGCGACGCCAUGCGACUCCUCGACUACACAACGGCGCCGCCGGCCAUAAUCGAUCACGAACGUUUGCAUCCGACUCGAACCCGGCGGACAAGGAGCGCAUCGAGGCGUUGAUAUCGGGCUCGGUCUUUCAUGGCAGUGCAGAUGGUAUCGGCAAGGGUCCCAGCGGAAGGAGGAGAGCGAGGCGAUCCAAAGACGACGACAAGCCGGCGCCGUGGGAGUUUCCUCCGCAAGAGGAAGGUAAUGCGCCCGGUCCGUCCAGUUCGGAAAUCCCAGAGCUCCCCGAAGUUGUCGAAGAGGAAAACAUACAUGAAGCUGAAGGGGCACCAAACCCCGAGCGCCAAUCGACCGGCCGACCGCGCAUUGACCGGUCACGAGCAUUUCGUCACGACCUCCUCAACCACCAGAAUCUCGGCGUCGACGCGCUCGGGAAACCGGUUGAGGCGCUCAUCCUCAAGAAUCCCAAUAGAAUGACGAGAUCAAAGAAGCACGUACCAGUCCUCGAAGAGGCCACGGCCAUCACCGGAACACCACUGCGGUGGGAGGACGUGCUGCCCACGGAGCAGGGCCCCGAAUACGACUUUUCGGACGAGGUGUACCGCAACAUUGACGAGCUUCGGCCAGUCGAUACAAAAGUCCUCCCGAGACGGGAUUUCGAUAAGCUGUUGGGCGCGCUCGUGGACGGCUUUACCAGGGAGCAGCUGGUCGGCUACUUCAACAAGGGCAACUGGGACAAGGACUUGCAGCACCACCAAGGGCCCUCCUAUGCCUGGGCCGUCAAGCAGGCUCCGUGGCAGGCGGCGCAGCCCAAUGACUGGGGCGUGCUCAAGCCAAAGCAACAGCAUGCGGUCCUGAUCCUGACCGCAAAGUGGGGGCUGGAGGUCCAAGAGCAAGUCGAAGGCUUGGGGCGAAGUCUCCUUUGGCUGAAGCCGCACGUGUUCCAGCUCAUCACCCGCUCCUCAAGCGCUGUACUCGAGACAAUCAGCGCCGGUCUGCUGGACAAGGCCAGCAACGAGAGGAUAUCGACGAGCCACAGCGACUGCCGGCUGGGAAUAUAUGCCCGCAAGUCCACGAUUCCUCUUAUACUCGAACGGAUAAACGAUGUUGUCAAGUCUAUAAAGACAAAGGUUGUUCCUGUGCGCCAUGUCGAGGAAGAAAACCUUGCCGAACCCGUUCUUCGCGAGCUUGGAAGGAUCACAAGCACAACAGCCCAGUACGACUCGGGAAACCAGGAAAUAUCCGUGUCAUGGCUUGCUGAGGACAGCCAAGGCCACACAGCUUCCUUGGCAGAAGGGGAGCCAUCGACAGGUACAGAGACAGAAGAUCCGGCGGACAUCGUCUCCCGAUUACUACCGCGACGACAACCCACUGCUCAGCUCAACCAAGCCCAAAUUAUCACGUCUUUAAAAUCCUCUGGUCCCGGCAAAGGCGCCUUUGUAGAACACCACCGAGAGAUGAGGACCAUGUCUUGGAGAGAUAAGCUGCGACAGUGGGCGCGGUACGUCAGCCCCGUCGGUAAGGAGGCCCCCGUCGACCGAGAGUCGCUUGCCUUCGCGGAACAAGUCUCGGUGUCAAACGCUGCGUCAAAACUCCAGGGCAGGGAGGCGACGACUCGUCUCACAGCCACAUUCGGACAUGUUCUUCACACGGAACACAGCAUCAAGUCGUCCCGGAUGAGCAAAAGCAGGCGCAUCCUCUCGCCCGUGGUUCCACACCCGGCAGCUGUAACCAGCAUCACCGCCGACGCAGACAAGCCCGUCUCUCAGUCCACCGCCAUCAUUCUCAACUUCGCACCCGAACUGGCGAGCAACCAGACGCAGGGCGAUACCCUACCACGCAUUCGCCUUACCCUCCCCGUGAACCCCGAUACCGACCUCUCGGCAUUCGCAUUCCCGCCUGACUCCAGCUUAGAAGGUGUCGUCCCGCUCCAAGUCAAUGAUAUCAUGCUGCCAGACGAGAACGUCGACGUGCGCCUCGUCCAGCAACAACUAUUCCCACUCGACACGCAGCAAGAAUCCCUCAAGGCCUUCCUCGCGGUGUCCGACUUCAACCUCCUCGCCGGCAGGCUCCGAACACCGAGUCGCGCCACAUUUUCUGUACCCAGCGGAUGGCUCACCAACAGUAGCGGGAAGACAGACCAGGAACAACAUCCGGCUUCAGACAUCCCAUAUCUCUUCAUGGGCCUCGAGAUCCACCAAAUCGUCGACUUGGAGUGGCGAGGCCACACCCUCCGCUACAACAGCAUUGAGGCCGGCCAGCACGGCGGCCAGCGACAGGAACUCUCUCUUCUCGCAGGCCCUCCUGCCCAGAGCACUGCGCGUGAUCCUCCGUCCGAGCAUGUAAAGACCUUCCUGCAGCUCGCAGAAGAGGUCGCACUGGGGAAGCACUUCUCGUGGGAUGAGGGCUACAUGCUCAUGCAGGAGCGCUCGGACGAGCAGUUUAGCUGGGACAUGCUGGACGAGUCGUUUGACCAAGAGGAGCUCGUGGAUGAGCAGCCUAUCGUCCAAGACAGCGAGGAAGUACCUGGUGGCCAUGAGACCGUUGCGUCAUCGGAGGAGCAGACGGGAAGUGGGAAUUCGGAAUCAAGAACUGAGGACCAGUCGACAGUGGGCGAUAUUGAUCGGAACCGACGGGGCAGUUAG